GAAGCGUGGAUUUGCACCACUGAGUCAUUCAUAGCAGCGUGUCGGAGUCCGCGUGACUUCAGCGAGUUGCCGUAGGAUCCGGUUUGUCUGUGUGACGUAACGAAGGGCCAGAAAAAAUUUUACAGGCAAGAUGGCGACUUCGGAGCCGCGAGGACCUGAAAGUGAAGAGGGCUCUAAUGACAGUCCCACACCAGUUGCUGCCAGUCCUGAACAGUAUAUUAAACAUCCUUUGCAAAACAGAUGGGCUCUCUGGUAUUUCAAAAAUGAUAAGAGCAAAAGCUGGACGGAAAACCUGCGACUGAUCUCUAAGUUUGACACAGUGGAAGAUUUCUGGGCGUUAUAUAACCACAUACAACAACCUAGUAAGCUUGGAUAUGGCUGUGAUUACUGUUUAUUUAAGGAUGGGAUCAAGCCCAUGUGGGAAGAUGACAGGAAUAAACUUGGAGGGAGGUGGUUAAUGACGCUCAGCAAACAGCAGCGACACAAUGACCUCGAUCGCUACUGGAUGGAGACAGUAAGUUUACCUUUUUUUUCUGAAGCGAAAGCUCUGUAUCUUCAUUAUUUGUGCAGUGUUUUAAUGUUGCUUUAUCAAUGUGUUUUGCAGCUGUUGUGCUUAAUUGGUGAAUCUUUUGACGAAGCCAGUGAAGAUGUUUGCGGAGCAGUAGUUAAUGUUCGUCCAAAGGGGGACAAAAUCUCCAUCUGGACGGGCAACUGCCAAAACAGGGACGCUAUUAUGACGAUAGGGCAACAAUACAAAGAACGCUUGAAUCUCCCCAUCAAAAACAUUAUUGGAUACCAGUCCCACGAUGACACCUCUAGCAAAAGUGGCUCUACGACAAAGAACAUGUAUUCAGUUUGAAGAAGAUUUUCAAGUUGUAGGUUUAUUAAAAUUACAAAAUUUGCAUCACAUUAUGUUUAAGUUGUCAACUGCUGUAGUGUCCUUUCUUUUAAAAAAAAAAAAAAAAAAAUUAGAAAAAUGUUAAACAUGUGCAUUUGUAGUCAUGUACUCCAUUCUAAACGAAACAAGAUUAUCUAAUGGUUUUGACCCGUGAGAGGGACUGCAUCAGCUGAAGCUAUACGAAUCACGCUAGAUGAUCUUUUAGAGUUCAGACAUUAUCCUAACUAAUAAAAGUGCCCUAGCUGAAAAGGUUUACAGUUUAGACUGAAAUGACACCGUUCUUUCCUUUAACCUUUCUUUUUCUCAUGCUUCUUAAUUCUAAAAAGCGUAUGGGGGACAACUAUGAACACUUGAAGAGCCGACAGCUUCGUUUACACACAUUUUAUGGCCCAGAAUUAUUUUAACAUGCUUUGGUUAGAGGUGUUUGGCAUAAGACAUGAUUGCAGAGGCACCUGUAGAGAGAAUACCAUAAAGGUUCGUAACAAAUGAGCGUAGGUUGUUCUUCAGAGAUUUGGAUGAGUAGCAGAUCGUUGUUUCAGCUAUGCUGGAAUUGUGGAAUGAUGCUUGUGGACCUUUUGUGUUAGCCCCAUCUAUUUAUGACUUAUGCAUUGCAGUUGAGCUACUUAGUGAGAGGAUGACUCAAAACCCAUUAUUGUUUUGCGUUAUUAUAAUUAUUUCCCUUCCUUUGUUUUUUGAAGUUGUUAGUAAUGUGGACUACUGCUUAAUAGAGAAGAUUUUUACAGUGAAUUAUACAGUAAAAAACAUAUAUAGCUAUGCUUUUAGGUAUGCGUUUGACCUUUUCCUCUUGCAAUCAGCAUUGUAAACAUCUCAUUUGCACCACUUUCGGUGAAUUAAAAUGAAAACAAUACUCAUUGUGAAUUUAUUUUGUUCAUAAUGUAUCUAUCUGUAAUUCCAGGAUGUAUAUUACCUUCUUUCAAAGUAAAGGUCACUUGCUUUGCAUUAACAA